UGUGUGUGUGUGUGUGUGUGUGUGUGUGUGUCAUCUGUUCAUCAGUUCUCGAAACACUGUACAUAUGAGGUUUCAAGCCAUUGUAUUUCCCUUGCAAGAAUCAACAAGCAGAGAAAUGCUAAACAAUGAGUGCCCUUUGUAAGCAUUGUCAAUGCAGUCACGUUGCUGUCAUUAUCACAUCAAAUUUAGUUUAGUUUCGUGUGGUAUUCACUGUGAAGAGGUUGUUGUUAGUGUGCACUCUCUGUUAGAUAAAAAAUGACUUCACAAGGAAGGGGAAUGGUUGAGCUAGUGAUGCAAAAUUACCGCAGUGAAAGUAAUUCUACAUCCAAUGAAGGUAAGAUGAAUUAUUAUUAAUUUUAUCUAUGAGAUAAUCAUCCACAGAGAUACAGAUUGUUAGUUUAUUGACUUGAUUCCCAUUCAUUGUUUGUAUACUGUAUUUUAGAAAUUACAGAAGCAGAAGAAAAGAAUGGUGAAACCUCGGCUGCAAUACAAAACUGUUCCGAAAUGAAAUGACUGCAAGAGUUAACUGAAGAAGAUUGCAAUGAUUUCAAAGUGCUUAGCUUGGGUUCACCAGAUGAUUACAUACCCGAAAACAGCAUGGGUUCUUCAUCAUCAUCAUCAUCAUCAUCACCAUCACCAUCUCUGAGGUCAAAGAAAGGGAGAGCUGCAGUUCAACAGGAACUGCAACUAUCUUUAGAAAAUCUUGGCAAUGUCACAAAGGAGAUACAAUAUGGAAAUCCACGUUCACCAACAAAUCAGCUAUUCAGUCCUGAUUCUUCAAUUUGUGUGGGCAAAGGUUUUGUGAUGUUAAUGAACAUGCAACAGGCAGAAGUUAUUCCAGUGACUGUUGAGUCUAAUGAUGAAGAACAUGGGCAAUCUGACAGAGGAAAUGAAGUUGGUAAGGAAAAUAAAAUGAGAAAAAGAAGUAAGAACACUGACAAGUGGAAAAAGAACAUAAGAAAAAUGAAUAGGCAGUCAGGAAAGGCGUACAAAUCAACUGCUAAUAAAGAAGUACCAGCCAGAACAUUUAAGUAUAAAGAUUGUUCCAAAUGCCUGAGAAAGUGUAGUGAGAACAUCAGCGAGACUGAAGGGAGACAGAUGUUCCAAGGAUUCUGGAUGAUGAAAGAUUUAGAAAAGCAGUGACAGUAUUUAGAUCCACUUAUUAAGGUGGUACCUAAAGCAAGAUCACGUUCUGAAAGUGCGCAGUCUUGAAGAAAUGUCACAAAGAAGUGUGUUCUCCUGAAAAAUGGUAGUGAAGUUCAAGUGUAUCUAGGGUUUUUCCUUAGCAUUUUUAAUAUAUCAGAAACAUUUGUGUGAUAUAUACAGAAGGAAUGGGACAGCAGCAAUAUGAUUCUGUCUGCUAACAAGAGGGGUCAUCAUCAUCCAGGUAUAAGGAGAUCCGACGAAAGGGAGAGAAUAAGGAACCAUAUAAAAUCAUUUCCUACCAUUCCAUGCAUUACUGCCAACAGAGCACUGUGCGACAGUUCUUACCAGGAGAUUUGAAUGUACAAAUAAUGCUUGAACUAUAUAAGAAAUGUUGUGAAGAGGAACAGGCUACUGCUGAAAAAUAUUGGCUUUACAGAGAAAUACUCAAUACAGAGUUUAACUUAGGCUUUCAUGUACCAAGAAAAGAUGUAUGUGACCACUGUUAUCGCUUUCAGAAUCUCUCUGAAGAAAAUCAAGAGGCAGAGAAAGACCAGCACUUAGAACACCUAAAGAGAAAGGAGGGUGUUAGGAUACUAAAAAAUGAAUUGAAGGAGCGGGCCAAAGCAGGAGAAUGUCAUUUACUGGAGUUUGACCUAGAAGCUGUGAGAUACGGUCCACACAUAGCAGCAAAAGCCAUUUUUUACAAAAGAAGACUGGCAGUAUAUAACCUCACAGUAUACAAUACUGUUACCAGGGAAGCUAGAAAUUACAUCUGGCAUGAAGGUGUGGCUAAACGCAGCUCAAUUAAAGUAGCAUCAUCCCUAUUUCAAGAACUCCAGAAGAUUGCAGAUGGCCAUCCAGUUGUUUUGUUCUCCGACACUUGUGGUGGACAGAACCGAAAUGUCAACAUGAGUACCAUGUUCCUUCAUGCUGUCCAAACAUUGAACAUCCCAGUGAUACAGCAGUGCUUCUUUGAGCCUGGCCACUCUUUAAUGGAGUGUGGUUCAGUCCAUACCCAUAUAGAGAGGGCUGCAAAAAAAUGUUAAUAUUUAUGACCCUUCGGGGUGGUAUACUGUUGUUCAAACUGCUACAAAACAAAGACUGUAUGAAGUCAUUGAAAUGGACCAGAAGAACUUUUUGGAUUUUGGUGCUAUGCAGAAGGAAAAGUUUAAUAAUACUAAAAUUGACAGUGAAGGAAAUCAAGUACAAUGGCUUAAAGUGACGCAACUUCAGUAUCGCAAAAGUGAUGUUAAUCACAUCUUUUUCAAGCAUUUCCAUAAUCAACAAUUCAGAAGUUUGCCAGUUUCCAAAAACUCCCAAAAUUCCGAUACAGUCUUCCAGUUGGAACCGAAAUACCAUGGAGCACUGAAACUUCAGGAAGAGAAGGUAAAAGACCUCCUGGAUCUAUGCCGCAGUGGCAUUAUCAGGGAACAGUACCACGCAUUUUACAAGACUCUUCAAGAAGAAAUAGCUGGAGAUUCAUACUGUGGUGGCAACAGUUGUGAUGAAGUUAGCUAGAAAGUGAACAUUCAUUGGUGAUGUAGGUACAAAUUCUGCUCAUAUGUUUUUACUUUUACUGUACCCUAUAUGUUUUUAAUGAGUAAAUUACCUUUAUAAGUUAUAUUUUGGCAAACCAAAUGUGUAUCUCCAAAGUGUAAAACCUCUAUGUAGAUUUAUUCUCUUAGGA